GGCGCGCCGGGCCCCUCGCCUGCUGCCCCGCCUGGCAUCGCGGGGAGCGAGCCGCGGCCGCACCGGUGCCCGGCGGAGCCUGCGGGGCAGGGCGGGCGGAGGAAGAGGAAAACUACAUCUCCCGCCGGCCCCGAGAGGGCCGGGGCGGUACAAAGCGGGCGGUACCUGUGCUGGCAGGGCAGCGCCAACAGGUGAGCGGGGAGCCGGCCGGACGGGGCUCCUUCUGCGGCCCUCGGAGCUGCGGUCCUUCUCAUUGCCGCACCUCGGCCCGCCCGGCAGCCGCGAUGCCUUUCCCCAGCUCCAGCGCGGACGAUGCCUUCGACUACCUCUUCAAGAUCAUCCUGAUCGGGGACUCUAACGUGGGGAAGACGUGCGUGGUGCACCGCUUCAAGACGGGGCAGUUCAACGAGAAGCAGCAGAACACCAUCGGCGUGGACUUCACCGUGCGCUCCAUGGACAUCGACGGCAAGAAAGUGAAGAUCCAAGUGUGGGACACAGCUGGUCAAGAACGCUUCCGGACAAUAACCCAGUCCUAUUACAGGAGUGCCCAUGGGGCCAUCCUUGCCUAUGACCUUACUAGGAGGUCCACAUUCGAAUCCAUUCCUCACUGGAUUCAUGAAAUUGAAAAAUAUGGUGCUGCAAACUUGGUCAUGAUGUUAAUUGGGAACAAAUCAGAUUCACUGGAUAAGCGCCAAGUUCUGUUUGAAGAUGCCUGCACGCUGGCGGAGAAGCAUGGGCUCUUAGCUGUGCUGGAGACAUCAGCUAAAGAAGCUCAAAACAUAGAAGAGGUGUUCAUGCUAAUGGCCAAGGAGCUAAUAGCCCGUAAUACCUUACAGCUUCAUGGAGAGAACCCUCCAAACGGCAUCUAUCUUGAUUCUAGGCCAGUGAUUGCCAGUCCGAGUGUGGAGAAGAGCCAGUGCCUCUGUUGAAGAGAGAUUUCAGAAAGAACUUGAAAGUCAUCAUUCUUCUGAUGCUGUUUGAUUUCACUUUAGUCAAGUGAUGAGAGUGUGCUAUGUGGCCUUGAGCCAUCUCUCUUGAUAUCUCUACUUUGCAAUUUGGCUUGUAAGCAUCUUCAGAGAUUUUCUGUUGGUAGCACAGGCUGCUUUGAACAUGGCAGCUGAUACUUUAACACGAUCUUCUGAGCUGGGAGGACUCGGGGAGCUGUCAGCCCUUGCCUUAACCAAAGAGAACUGUAGAAAUUACUGCCUUCUGUUAUCUCCUUAAGCGAUGUUUCUGGCUGUGUCAGAAGAUAAGUUUGCAUCAGAGCUCUGUGUUGAUUUGACCCUUUUAAGCUAUGUUGUUUGUUCCAGUGCAAGCACUUUACUUUUUGCUGGUAGCUUUAAAAAGCCUGACGUGCUUGGACAGCUCUAACCCACUACUGCUUAAACUUUCAUUUAGGCGCAGUUCUGAUGUCAGGCAUGUAGCCACCCAUCCCCAGGAACUGAGUUACAUCUGUGCUGACUUCGUCACCAGACAAACCUGGAGACGUCCCUGGGGUUUCACAGCAGGCAGAGUGUAAUAGAAGAGGGUCCCAACCCUCUUCCUGGGAUGAGAAGAGCUGUUUUUUGUAUUGCUCUGUAAGAACUGAUUCCAGUAAUGAUUUCUGACCUGCUACAUAGACUUGCUAGGAGUAGUGAAGCUUCCAAGGCACCGGUAAUGGCCUAAAUCAAUGCUGGGGUGAAAGGAAUUCCCCCCCAUGCACACCCUGUCUUGCUCUUGAUGUGCUGAUAUUAAUCAAAAGCCUUCUGUAGUUUGCAUGGUGGGCCAAUGGCAGCUUGAGAGUAUACCUGUAGAUUUUCAAGGCAGUCUGAAGAAAGGAUUCAAGCUCCUGUAAAACUCAGCAAGAGGUGUAAGAUGGUUUCAUUAUAGAAUCUCACCUCAGCAGUAAGGGAAUGGUAUGGGGUAUACCAGAAGGUUACCUCUAGGCAAGUGCGUAGGCUACUGCUAUGGAGACACAAUACCCUGGUAGCAAUAGAAGUUUGUAUUGCUUCUCCCAGAUGCGAGCUCUGCUAUUGGAGGCUAAUUUCUGUGUACCAGAACUGAAGGAAGGGUUUCUGGUUGUAGUUUGGUUUUUGUUUGGGAGUGGUUUGUUUUAUUUUUCCCCAAAAAUGGAAACAAAGAAAGGGAGGGAAGAAAUAUAUGCAGGGUUUUUUGACUGCAGUCCACAUGUACCAAAAUGCAUCACUUAGUUACUGUUAAGUUAUGAAGUGGAACUCAAACUCUGUAAUGAUAAAACAGCCUGGGUUACAGGCAAAGAAGCCCUGGGAGGGCUGGUAUGCUGCUGGCUUACCAGAUGGCAGCCUACCCAUGUUUCACAAGUUCUUGAGAAAUGGGGGAAAAACAUGUAGAAAGUAUUUCUGGAAAAUCUUGUCUGAGAAGCACAAAAAAUAAAGCAGAAAUGAAUCACUGAUUUAUAAUCUAGUAUUAAUGCUUGCUCUGGCCAGGUUCUUUGCUAUCACAUGCGAAGAGCAGGGGUUAAUGUAGCUAUGUGUAAACCAACCAGGUGGUCUUCAGUGUUAGCCUUUAAGCUUUUUGCUAUAGCCUGGUGUGGCAAAAGCAUCUUCAGCAUCUUCCUUCUGAUGUUCAAAAUCUUCAUUUGAUCUUGAUUUGGUACUAAUAGUUGUGUUUCAGUUCACAUAUUUAACAUUUAACACCGUAAUGUUUCAAAAUAGCUGAAGGAGUAGCAAUACAGCUUCCAUGCAACCAGUUUUGACUCCUUUUGCACUAGGAAGAUGGCUGAAUGCAAAUUUAAUAUUAUUUUGUGUUUAAAAUCCAAACUAGUGCUGGUAGUAGUUUGUAAUGUACUAUUUUUACUUUUUUUAGUAUCCACACUUACACUGCUAGCAAACUUUGUUGUAUUUCAGAUAUACCAGCAAAUACUAAUCUUCUAGGAGAGCUUAAUAGAAAAGCAUUGUGUUCAUCUCCAGUCACCUUUCAUUAGCCACAAAUUAGAGGAUCUUGUCACCAGAGUAUUAAUCAGGUUUAUUGCCUGGGAGACUACUGUAUGAAGUUAUGCUGCUUACCCUCAGUAUGGAGACUUCUGCAGGCUAAUGCUUCCUUAACUGCCCAACACUGCCAAGUGACAGGGAGCUACUUGCAACUCAGUUUUUCCUUGGCACACAGCUCUGCAACAUGGGAUCAGGGAGAACAGCCUUGUGACUGCACCCUGAGCUGCACUGCUCCUUUCCCUUUAGCAGGUGCAAUAGGCUGCUCACUGUUCUUUCAAGAAACUAGACUUGAAAACCUACCUGUUGUGCAACUAGAACAGGAGUGUGACCUCUCUGGGCUAGCUCUGACAUCUUUCACAAGCCCUGUAUACAGUACAGUGAAUGGUUUCCAUAGGGUCAGUUUUUGAGCUGCCCUGGAGUCAUAGAAUCAUAGAACAGUUAGGGUUGGAAAGGACCU